AUGUUAUUGUUAGGUUUUCAAUGACAAUAAAGUACAACCAAAUACAACAGUUGUUUUGUUUACCAAUCCAAAGAUUCGUUCAUUCUCAUUCGUUGGUUUAACGAUUGAUAGUAACUAUAAAUUCAAAUUACAGAUCAGAUGUAUAUAUAUAUAUAAACACGCAAAAAUGCUUGGCUAUAAAAUGAAAAAUGUAACUGCAAUAUUAGGUGACGUUAUAUAUAAAAAUAAAUAAAAUCUGCUGUUGAUAUUGUAGUUCAUUAGUUUUGAAAAAUAAGCAGUACUAACUUUAAUCUUGUGCCAAAUUAGUUUUAUUGUUAAUAUUAAUAUUUUCACCCAAAUAAGAGAAAUGGAUGACGUGCAACUGGGUCCUGUGAGUAUUAGCAUGAUAGAAGAUAAUUUAUAUUUAGGAGGAUUGGCAGCUGCGAAAAAUUUGGAAGUUUUAAAGAAGUACAACAUUACUCAUAUUCUUACCAUAGAUAUAUGUCCAUUACCAAGAACUGUAACAGAACAAAGAAAUUUAGUUACCAGAUUUAUACAGUUGUCAGACCAACCAAGAGAAGAUUUGCUUUCAUAUUUUGAUGAAACAGAUUUAUUUAUUAAUGAAGGAAGGGAGAAGGGAAUUGUUUUGGUUCAUUGUUAUUUUGGUGUUUCUAGAAGUGCCACUGUUGUUAUUGCCCAUAUAAUGAAAAAAUACCAGAUGAGUUACUUUGAGGCAUUUGAUAUGGUAAAAGCCAAAAGAAAAAUAGUUUUUCCUAAUCCAGGUUUUGUGUCACAACUAAAACUUUAUAAAGACAUGGGAUACCAAAUAGAUAACAGAAACAUGCACUAUAAAAUAUAUAAACUGUCUCUAGCUGCUUUUAGGGUGAGAAAAGUAAAGAUUUUACCACAAGAAUUUCACUAUCUAAUUCAGCCUGAUCCAAGUCUUGAACAAACUGAACCAGAACCCAAUGUUUACCGAUGUAAAAAGUGUAGGAGAAUAUUAGCAGCUGAAUCUAACCUUCUUUUGCAUGAGUCAAAUGGAGUAGUAUGCAAAGAAACUUACUUUGUAGAACCAAUUGCAUGGAUGAAUGUCUUGCAAGAAAACCAGGGCAAAAUAUUGUGUCCAAAAUGUUCAACUAAAUUGGGAUCAUUUAGUUGGAUAAUGGGAUGUCAGUGUCCUUGUGGAAUACAAGUGGCACCUGCAUUUUAUCUCACUCCUUCCAAAGUAGAUUUUUGUAAUGUUGUUAAAAAUUUAGAAACUACAUGUUAGAUAGUUUACAGUUUGAAUCAAAAUUUGUUGUAUGUUUUAAUAUUAAAUAUACCAUAUAUUUAUUAUGAAA